GUAUUACUCAGCCCAGGUCCGAAGCUUUGAGCUUGCGAAGGAAAUAGAACGAACGAAGGCUGCGAAGUGCGGAAGGCCGAAGGAAAUACAGAACGAAAGAAGAGAAAGCUGAAGCAGCACCGACGAGUAGACGACCGCCGCAAGCCACCGCCAGGCUCCAGCCUGCCACCACGAAGCGAAGCCCCGCCUCCAGUCUCCAGGACUACGUCUGCAUCGUCCGCAGUCCGCACGACGCCCUGCCCUACCAGUCCGGCAGUCCACUGUCCACGCUACCUGCAGUAACCGGUUCUAGAUUUGAAUUCAUUACAUAUCACCCAUCAGGCUUCAUUUUUCUACUGAAACAGGGAGCAUUGACUUUGGCUCUUGACUUAGUAUUUGCUACAGCUGCAACGUAAGGAAAUUCUUGGCUAUUGACUUUGGUUCUGAUAACCCAAACCCUUUCCUUCAGUGGCUGUUGAAUUGUUGUUGUCUGAUAACAAUUGGCUAGAAAAAACAACCUUUUUGGGAUACCCAUUUGGCAAAGAUGCAUGAUUUUUGCUUCACUAUACCGUAUGGUUUAAUUCUGGUGUGUGGCGGAAUCAUUGGGUUCGUCAAGAAAGGAAGCAUGGGUUCACUCGGGGGAGGCGCGGGCACUGGAUCUUUGCUUCUCCUAGCAGCUUACCUUAGCCUCCAGGCUUUCCACAAGCGCAAGAACUCUUACUUCGCCUUAAUUCUUGAAACUCUUUGUUCUGCAAUGCUGACAUGGAUAAUGGGGCAAAGGUACAUGACAACUUCAAAGGUAAUGCCCGCUGGUGUCAUCGCUGGGAUCAGUGCGGUGAUGACUGGAUUUUACCUAUACAAGAUUGCCACUGGUGGGAACCAUUUCCCUUCCAAGGCGGAGUGAUGUGUCUUCUGCUUGUUCAUGCUCUAACUUCAUUCUGUUUCUAUGGACGAUCUAAACGAGGUUCCCCAUUACUUCUUAUGGUGAACCUUAAUAGUUUUCUCUCUGUGAAACAUAACAGUGUCCCAAGGUUUAAAGUGUAUCUGUUUUGUUUUUCAUUUUCCCCAAUCAUCAUUAGGAUAUAUAUGUUCUCAACAUUUAAGUAUCUGUUCUGAAAAUGGUCAAACGUCUAUCCAAACUUGCAACCUGUUGUUCAUUGUUGAUGUAUGAAGUGUGAACUCUCUAAUUUUAUAUUUUUGUUUAUUCUUCAGAAAACCGAAUGGGCUUUGCUAAAAAAUGUUUAAGUUGCACAGAGUACUAUUUAAUUAUUUAUCCUCUUUCUA